AUGAAACAGAAGCAGAAGUUUUUUAAACUGAAGAAGAAUCAGACGACAGGUCGAGGGAUCAACCGGGCAGGUACUCGAGAUGCUGCCAUCGCUGAUGAGUUGUGGGGUAGCGAUGGGUGCGACGACGAAGCGGGAGGCAUCACGGCCCAAACGACUGCCGUCUCGCCCCAGGAUGCUGAGCGAUAUCCCGCCGUUCUGCCCAAUCCAGGGCAGGUCCAACGGGAGGCCAUUGCAAGACAGGAGGCGAGAGACUCCUUUUUGAUCCUCCGCAUAGGAUGCAAGAGGCAUAGGACAGAGAAAUGGAAGAUUCCGAAGAAGGCAGCACUCCUGCGGCCGCUGCCCGGCCCAACCGGAAGGCCACAAGGGCGAGUGACGAUCACCUUUCCCGCUUACCAGCGAGGAGAAUGGAUGGUGACGGACGCGGACUCGGUGGACUCCGCACAUCCAGUGGAGGCGCAGGCGAUCGCCGAGCGGUAUGCCCCAAACCCAGAGCAGGAGGCCCGUUUCUAUGAUCGUCCACUACAGAAAGUUGCUGUGGACCGGUGUGUCCGCGCAGCAAUCGACGACGGAAGUUUCACGGUCCUCAUGGAUUUGGGAAGAGGCCUCGCAGUGACGCGGAAGCUGGUGGCCUCAGUGACACAAUUGCUCCAGAAUGUUGGAACCGCCGGGCCAGUCAUAGAAGAAGAGGAAUUGUAG